UAGCCUUCCGAAGACCAUGUCAUUUCGCAGGCUCAUCCGUUUUUCCCCUCGGCGCUCUGGUCACCUAUUCAAUAGAAAAUGAUGUUGAAAAAAAAAAGCCGGUUCGUAUGCCUACUGUGGAUAUUAUUUGAAAGUGCCUAGAAUGAGAAUCUUCGCUUAUUUUUGCUGAACUGUGCCAAGCUUUCCGCGCAGCGGCAGGUUUCUCUCAAACGCACCGAAUUGCCUGGAAGGCAUCAGUCGACACAAAAACUUGGAGUAGGCGCAAUGGAUAAUUUAAUCUAAAGAGGAACACAUGGGGAAAGACACAAAGGAAUAAGAGGGACCAUACGUAAGGACAGAUAUUGCUCAUAAACGCAGCAUAUCUUUUUCAAAUGUGAAGUGGCCAGAUGUGGAGAAAAUCACGAAUUUAAUCCGAUUUUUAAUUAGGCAUUUUUAUUUAUGAAUUCGGUGGGUUUGUAUAGUCAUAUCCAAUAAUAUAUCGGAAUGUUGCUUAGUAUGGUAUCUAUACGACCACUGCUAUAAUAACAAAUGGUACAAAGUUAGAUCGGUCAAUAAGCCUGCUGUAAAGUUAUUUCUAGUCGUUCUGGAUAAGAGCGUCUGCUAAAUGACUUAAAUGUAAAUGUUUAAAUGUACAUGCCUUCUUGGCCACAAUCACUCUUAAUGGUUAUCUAUGGAAUGACCUGUUAUCCUGGCCUGUAGGGACCAGUUUUACCAACAACAAAACAAUAAUAAUAAAAACAUGCACCGGUUUAUUGGUAUGAACCAGAACAAAAAUGUAGCAGACUGCAAGUCCUCUGGAUAAGCGCAUCUGCGAAAUGACUCAAAUAUAAAUGUAAAACAUCAAUUAUCAUAAAGUGUUGUGGAAGGAUUUGUUGAUGGACCUGCAUCUUUAUUUUUUGCAAAUAUAACACUUUUUUUUACAUUUAAUAGUGCAUUACAUCACCCAAACUCAUUACACAAUUAUCUGUUGUUUUGUACUUUCUGAGCCUAAACUCAACAUGUCUUCAUAUCAGCUGCUAGUCCAUUUACCACAUGUUGCUUUUUUCUGUGUGCACCCAGUCACAUUGCCAACCAAUGCAUCCAGAUUAUAAAUAGUUGAACAAAAGCUUUAAAUGAACAACCAGGUUUACUGAAACCCGAGGCGCAGGGCAUUAUUUCUUCAUCAUUGGUAACUAAAUACGGGGUUGUGGAGACUCUGUACAGGCGGCACAGGCACAAGUCUGAUUUAGUACGGAGGCCGGUGAGGUAAGGAGGAGGCUGUAUAUUCCUGACACUAACGGGGCACUGACAAGGACACAGCCUAGAGCUGACCUCCUCCUCACCUGGCCACCCCCCCCUCCUCCCCCCCACAGAGGGAUGCCCCCCAGGCCGAGCAGCAGCUGAAGAGGAGGACAAACAGGUUACUCUGACUGCGCCUCACCAGAAGAGGUCCUGCCUCAGAUCUCCUCUCUCAGACUGGUUGGGACGCUCCAGUUGUGUUUUGUCACUUUUCUCUUGAGUUUUCUUUUACUCAUCCUCACCGGAGUGAGAGUGAAGACCUUUUGAAGACCCAGAGGUUUUUACUGUGGGAGCACAUUUAUUUGGAGUAGCUGCUAAUCGACGGAGACCUACAUACAGUCUUGCUUUGUCUUUCCCUGUCUGUGGGGUGUGUGUGUGUGUGAGAGGGCUUGUGGGUUGGCACCGGUGAGAGCGUCUCCCUUCCCAAAGCCAGGAUGUCUGCAGUUCAGCUGCUGCUGGUCCCGCUGGCGCUGUGGCUUCUGCAAGCGUCUCUAUGCCAUGGAGCCUGUGUGGAGGUGGACUCUGACACUGACGCAGUGGUCAGAGAAGGCUUUAAGCUGGGCUGUAUCUCCUGUAAGAUGAGGGGCGAGGUGCCUGCCGAGGCCACUGUUGAAUGGUCCUUCAUGCCCAAAGGGGAGAGCGAGUUCACAAAAAUCUACAGCUACGAGGAUCUAAUGAGCGAAAUUCCAGACGAGCGCUUCUACGAGCGUCUGGACUGGAACGGCAGCAAGAAGACCAGGGACCUGCAGGACGGCUCCAUCUACAUCCUGAACGUGACGUGGAACGACACGGGCACCUACCGCUGCAUCUUUAACCGCACCCUCACCUUCACCUCCUACGGGUUCCACACUGACGUCACCAAGAUCGUCCACCUCAACGUGGUGCCAAUGACCAGGGGGAUAGCGUCCAUCUUGUCCGAGGUGAUGAUGUAUGUCACCAUCGUUGGGCUGCAGGUAUGGCUGGUGGUGGAGAUGAUUUACUGCUACAGGAAGAUAUCAGCGCAAGGCGAGGAAGCACUGAGAGAGAGCGCGUUAAAUAAUGGCUCCAAACGACGAAUAGCUCUCGAUAGCCCUUCAACACUUCACCCCUUCUUCCAGACUUCCAUUAUGACACCAUCUCAUUACCCCAUCCAGGAGGAGCAGCCAAGAGGCUUGUCCAGAGAACAGAUGGAUGACAAGUGAAACAGCCGAUGGAGAAAAAAAAAGGACAUUACCGUAUUUAAAUGCAAAUAUACAGCAUGAGUGUACUAUCGAGCAGUACUAUAAUAUCAAAGAGAGUUGUGUAUACUUAAUUAUGCAAUCCAAAUCUUCAUUGUAAUACUCCUACAUUAUAUUAAGUUAGUUCAUACAUAGCAUUGUACAUUAAGUAUAGAUGCAUGUGUAGUGAUACAUCAUAACCAUUGGCAUUAAUAUGUUUCUAAAGGUCAAUUUCAGGAUUCUAAAGUGUGUUUGUGUCAAAGCAAUUAGAGAUCAGAACUCAUUACAUUUACAUUUACAUUUAAGUCAUUUAGCAGACGCUCUUAUCCAGAGCGACUUACAAAUUGGUGCAUUCACCUUAUGACAUCCAGUGGAACAGUCACUUUACAA